UCUCAUUGUAUUUAUUUGUAAAUAGAUGUUGUAGUGGUAUUGUAGCACAAGAAAUGCAACGAAAACAAGAACUUGGCAUGGAUGAUGCAGAGCAUGAAUUCAGAGAUCUCAAGAAAAUAAAGGUGGAGUGUGCAGAAUGGAUUCAUACCGCUACUAUACUAGUACAAGAACUAUUAGGAGGUGGAUCAUUGGAACUCUUUAAACCAUUGGAAACAGAACCACCUGAGAAGAAAUAUGACGAGUCGAUUGCACAAACACCAGAACCACCUAAAUCAACAGAAGUUGUUGAAGAAACUAAAGAAGAAACGCCUGGUGUUGAAUCGCAAGAAGAGAAAGAACAACCAACAGAAAAGAUUGCAGCAGAUGAGAAAGUUAACUGUCUGAAAUGCAAGUAAUCGGUUAUGAUGAAAAUGUGCGCCCAAUAUCGCUAGAUGAAAUAUCUUCAGAGAAAACCAAGCAGACUGUUGAUGUGGAUAAAUUAUUAAAAGCAGAUACCAGUGGUGAUAGGUCAGACACGCCGAAUACUACACGCGCUUAUGAAGCCUUGGCUGCUGUAGAAAUAUUACAAACUAAACUUAUGUA